AUGAGGACUUUUCUUAAUGAGGAGGAUCUAAAAUUAGCGCAAAUUUGCAACUCUACGCUUAAAGUUACAACCACGUUAAUCACAACGAGCAUUCACGAGUAUGUUUUCGUCUGUCGUGCUUAUCUAUGUCAGGACAUGUCAGAGAAGUCUACUACGUCGUCAUUGAACAUUCUAAGCCAUGUACUGGCUUUGGGGAGCUAUAAUCAAUUCACAUCUAACGAACUGGUCAUGAAUUUGCAUACAACAAUUAGAACUACAGUCGUCGUCCCGCGUAGCUAUCCCGAACAGAUAUUUUGUAGGUACAUCUUCCUCAUCGACGCAUGUGACUCUUUUACAACGACUCGCUGCCACCAACAGUCAGAAAAACAAAUGUUGAGAAGGAGUCAACUCCGUCAAACUCAGAUGUAAAAUUUUCAAUUUUAUUUGAGACUCUGGGCGAGCUCGCCACUGCCUCGCGUUUCCCUGUGUUGCGGCUAUAUCGCGACCAUACUAACACCAGCGGACUAAUUGGGCCCCGCGUACGACUCUCGGGCUGCAUGAUGUUGGAGUACCACCAGGCUCC